AUUUGUAGUACUCGUGUCUGCAGAUCAUAACUUGCCCGUCGACUGCAACCCAUCGCCCUUGCAACGCCAGCUACUGACGAUCCCGCGUGCAACAUGCCGGCGGCACGUUCAUGCUGUACACUUGUGAGAUAUGUGUUAUCAACAAUGGCUACUCAUUCGCGAAAAUCCUGAAAGUUUUAAUACACUAUACGUGACUUCAAAGAAUUCCUGUGCGAUAAAAUUGAAAUUCGUAACCAGCGACAAGAAAAUACACGCAAUAAACAGUUUCGGUGUUUCGGGUGACAAGACCUGGGCUCAGUCGUUGUUUCACCUCAGUAAGUCAUCUUGGAAUACGUUUGAUGCCAGUCCUCAAAGAAUGUUUCACACUACCAUGAACGCGAAAUAUCAAACUGUGGUCGCAUUUGACAUAGAGGGAUCAAUGGCGCCGCCCUCUACAAAAGAUAUCACAGCCACGUGGUACGUGAAAAACUUCUCAAAUGUGACGCCAUUCUUUGAAAAUGACGCCAGUGGAGCAUUCGUCACGGGUGAUCUGGACUCGCUUGUUGCAAAAAUCCAAGGAGGCUCUGCCAUACCAUCUCUUCCAACUGUGUUUGUAAGUGAGGACUUAAAACAGGUAGCUGGGGGUGGUAUUGACCACCUAGGUCAGACCUUCACAUCAACAUAUGCAUCGCUUAAAUCGCAGCCAUACUGGUUUCUGUACAGAUCCACUAGUAGCGGCUCGAAGUAUGUUCUUCGCUGGAAUGUUGGGGAAGGAAGUUACAGGUCAAAAAAGUUAAUCUCUUUGCCAAACACUUGGUGCAUCGAUGAUUGCUGGAUUAAGAUAUUCACUGUAGAUCAGCUUGGCAAAGGAGUCCACGGCUCUACCACCCAAUUGGCUCGUGCUCUUCUUAGUGGUCACCGACUUAGAGUCUAUGUAGUGGGAGUCGCUGCUAAUACCAAAACUAUCUACAUUCAUAAUGAGACCAUCACGGCAUGUUUACAAGACAUGAUGGAACCCAUUGGCGUCGAUAACCUCGAUCCAUCUGGAACGGCUGAAAGGGUAAUGACAUCGUCCAGUGGUCAAAUCCAGAUUCGCGUGUACACAUUUGAAACGGAUGCGAUUAAAAAAGAUACACAGGUUCAGAAAAAGAUAGACUGGUUUGUGGACACGCGUGAAUGGAUCCAGGUUCUCUCUGUGACAGGCGAUGGGCAGACUCUGAGUGGAUCAGUUGCAGACCUGCGCGAGAAGGUUCUGAUGGGUGCCUCGGUCCGUAUAAUCGUGGAGUUCACUGAUGGAGUGUGUCAAAUAAUGGAUGCUGAUCACCUGGAAGUGUCGUCUGCUGGUCACAUGGCUGCUGAAAUCAUCUACAACACCAACGUCGAGUUCGGAGAGAAUUACAACAUCGCCUUUGCCGCUGCAUCGUCUCACCAUUUGUGGUCAGCGAUCAUAACAACAGAGGGACAGUUUAACAAGUAUCUGUACACGUACAAGAAAACUAGCGGUCAGCAUAAGACUGUGUCACAUGUUGAUCGAUUCACCUGGUUUAUUCAGAUGUGAGAUGGUGAUAACACUGGGAUCUAGAGACGAUGUCUUACAACUGUUUUUCACCAACCUCAACAGCAGUGAGAAACUUUAUAAACGUACUGUAGUGUAUACAAAUGACGAUAAACAUAUUGACAAAAAGAAAGAAGGAAUGUUUUAUUAAAGUUAAAAGUUUGUUUUGUUUAACAAUACCACUAGAGCACAUUG